AUGGAGGAUGUAUCACCCAUUCGGGGCACCUACAAGGGCUUGCCCCCCAACCUGGUGCAGAGGGGACCCGAGGAAGGGUUCCGAGGGUGUCAGAGGGUAGGUCUGAUUUGGUUUUGCAAAGACGGUGCUGAACGCUGUGCCCUGGGGUGGGGAACAACCCAGGAUGGGGGCAACUGGAGAAAUCGGGGAAGAACUGAUGAAAACGGCAGCUUCCUCCCUGGCCUCCUUGCUCACACCUUCCAUCCAACCAAGCCCUCCUCGGAUCCAUCGCUCCCUUCUCGAGAAUCUGGUGCCCGAGGGCUCCGGGAUGAAGGCCCAGCUGUGGGGGGCCUUCGGGACCCCGGGCCUACGCCUUCAUCCCCAGGUCUGGCCAGCUGCCGCCGUACAGGCCUCUGCGCAGCCUCGCGGAGCUCGUCCAGGUGCCCCACCUGCAGCCACGCCACCCCCGCCCGCAGGCCCGGCCGCUCCCUCUCUCUCCGCUCCAGCCCCCGCACCAGCCCCGGGCCGCCGGUCCCGCUGUUUCCUGAGCCCCGGCCACUCCUCCCCCGGUUUCUCCGCACAGCCCUGUUCACAGAGACGCCCCACGACAUGACGGCGCGGACGGGCGAGGACGUGGAGAUGGCCUGCUCCUUCCGCGGCAGCGGCUCCCCCUCCUACUCGCUGGAGAUCCAGUGGUGGUACUUGCGGAGCCACAGGGACUGGACGGACAAGCAGGGAUGGGCCUCGAACCAGCUAAAAGCAUCUCAGCAGGAAGACGCAGGGAAGGACGCCACCAAAAUAAGUGUGGUCAAGGUGGUGGGCAGCAACAUCUCCCACAAGCUGCGCCUGUCGCGGGUGAAGCCCACGGACGAAGGCACCUACGAGUGCCGUGUCAUUGACUUCAGCGACGGCAAGGCCCGGCACCACAAGGUCAAGGCCUACCUGCGGGUGCAGCCGGGAGAGAACUCCGUCCUGCACCUGCCCGAGGCCCCGCCCGCAGCGCCCGCCCCGCCGCCCCCCAAGCCCGGCAAGGAGCUGCGGAAGCGCUCGGUGGAUGAGGAGGCCUGCAGCCUCUAGACUGAUGCCCAGCCCGCCGCCGGCCCGCCCUGCGCCCCUACGGCUGUACCGAGUGCAUGAGGAGCCGCUGGACCGCUGGGGAUGGGACUGCCCGGGUCCAGCUGCCUCCCCAUCCCGAGACCGCCCGUGGCCCCCACGUCGGCCCUCCUCCCACCACCCCUUGGCUCAGCAUGUAAGGCCCGCCCAACCCUUCCCCUUCAGACCCUCCCCGUGACCUGGCUCAGAGACGGUGGCCCGGGGCACCGAGGGGACAGCCGCCCCGGAACGCUGGGGUGGGGCACCAGGCCGGGGCCGGGCUGCCCCCUCCUGUCACCAGCCUCAGUAGAGUCCAGUGUUUCGCUUUGCUUGCUUGUCCCCCAUCCCGUCCCAAGCCGGGGCCUCCGAGCCUCACUCCCCCGAGCCUCACUCCCCCCCUCCUUCUGACCAUCCCCUGCUUGGACCUGGAGGUGUGGACAGUGACCCCUCCCCGAAUUUGGACUUGAAUCUUCUGAGCAGAACUGGGGCCUCUCCUCUGGCAAAGAACUGGGAGCAGAGCCCCCAGGAGAGCUGUGGCCAGUUGGCAGGUGGCUCACAGGGGCCCUGGGAGGAGAGGGAGACCCCACUGUCUCCAGGUGGGUCCUUCAUGUUCAGCCUCCUUAUACUAAGAAACAGCUCCCUGCCCGCCCCGGGGCAGGAAUCUGACCCUUCACAUGGCAAGUCGGAAGGAGGGCCUUUCCUCUCUGACCCCACGGCCCCGUGCAGAGUUCUGCACCAGCAGGACCCCUUCGAGGGGCUUCGAGGCUCUCCAGGAGCCCCCCUCUGCCAGCUCCUAAUGUCCCAGCCGCCUCCCAGGGCCCAUGCCGAACCCACCCAAGGGCCUGGGGCUGUUGGGAGCCGAGGGCCCCCCAGUACCAAUCCCCUCACAAUCCCUGAUCAGGGGGCACCCACCCCCUGGUGAUUUGUAAAUAUUUCUAUUGGGCCCAACACCCCUUCAGAACUGGCUCAAACCUCUGGCCGCACCUCAGCGAUGGAGUCGGGGGACGUGGGAGAGGCUUUGCCUAGGGGUGUGUGGGUUACCCUGUACACAUGAUCCAGUCCGUGACUACCAGCCAACCUGAAUAAAGCGGUUUAAAAAAGCCUCUGGGCAGUGUCUUUCUGGGGCAUUUGUAUCUGGGAGCAGCGCCACUGGAGAGGGGCAGGUGGGAAGAUGCCUCACUCAGCAUCUUCUCGCUCCUGCUCUGUGCUCCC